UCUAUCUGUAUGUGUAUCGUUUUAUUCAGAGCAGACCUUUUAGAAUGAACUCAUUUAGACGGUGUAGUGGGAAUAGUGUUGUCGGAUUUGCUUAAAGGUCCGCUCUCGACUCGGCUGGUUGGCUGCUAGCCUGCUGUUGCUAACCAUCUGGAAAAAAAUCGCUACGCUCUGCUGCCAAGCUAAUCAACACGUUUCGGCUUCGGGAUAUCAAGAAUACGAGUUUUUGUGUGACGGAUUUUAAAAGCUACAUUUGCAUAUAUUUGCCUCCCUGACGAACUGUGCUAUGGGUGCUUGUUUGUGUCUUCUGCAAGAAGUGUCCAAGUGAGGAAGCCAUAUGAAAUCCAGACAUUAUUAGAACCCAACCGAAGGCCUGAUGUUUCUCUGAUGCCUGAAAAAUGAUGCCUUGUUUAGGCACCACUUAGGUCUCUUAUCUCCCAUCUGCCUAAUAAGAAGGAAGCAGCUGUGAUUAAAAGAUGAUUCUGACUGUGUACUUGAGUGAUGAAGAGCAGACUUUGACAGAGGUACCCAUCACUCCAGAGACGACAUGCCGUGAUGUGGUUGACUUCUGUAAGGAGCCGGGCGAAAACUGCUGCCAUCUUGCUGAAGUGUGGCGUGGGAAUGAACGAGCAAUCCCUUUUGAACACAUGAUAUAUGAACACCUGCAGAAGUGGGGCCCCAGGAAGCAGGAAGUCAAGUUUUUUUUGCGCCAUGAAGACUCACCCACAGAGAGCAGUGAACAAGGGAGUCAGCAGUCUCAGGAGCAGGCUAACCAGAGAAGUGGAAGCAGCUCAGAGAAGCCCAAUGAAAACGGGGUGGUGAACCCUCGGGUGGAGCUCACUCUCUCUGAGUUGCAGGAGAUGGCCACGCGACAGCAACAGCAGAUCGAGGCCCAGCAGCAGAUCCUCGUCGCCAAGGAGCAACGCUUGCGCUAUCUGAAGCAGCAGGAGAGGAAGCAACAGCAGUCUGUAUCUGAGACGGAUAAGAUACAGAGGCUGAAGGAAAGAGUGGAGAACCAGGAAGCCAAACUCAAAAAGAUCCGAGCCAUGAGGGGCCAAGUAGACUACAGCAAGGUCAUCAACAGAAAUCUGUCUGCAGAGAUCGAGCAUAUCAGCGGACUGUUCCAUGAGAAGCAGGCAGAGCUGCAGGCAGCCAUGCUCAGGGUGGAUCAGCUGAGUCAGCAGCUGGAGGAGCUGCGCAGAGGCAAACUGAACGGCCUGCAGGGUCUCGGGGGCCAUGUUACCGGCACUGCUGCUCUAGAGCUUCGCAAACUCUACCAGGAGCUACAGAUCCGCAACAAGUUGAACCAGGAGCAAAACAGUAAGCUGCAGCAGCAGAAGGAGCUGCUGAACAAGCGCAACAUGGAGGUGACGCUCAUGGACAAGCGCAUCAGUGAGCUCCGGGAACGCCUUUAUAAGAAAAAAGCUGAGGCACGUCAAAAAGAGAACCUGCCUCUGAACCGAGCCAACGGGCCUCCAUCACCCCAGCCAGCUGCAGGCACUACGGGACGUGUGGCAGCAGUAGGGCCCUACAUUCAGCUCCCAGUGCCAUCACGCCCAGAGAACAACUACAUGGUGCCACCAGAUCCUCUCAAACCACAAACACAGGGCAUGAACACCCCAGCCAACCACGGCCGAUCCAAAUCAGAUGGUGUGAGAAAGCCCCCUGGCCCUUGGAAGGUCUCUGAUUUAGACAUCAUAGUGGACCCGUUUCCGCCAUCUCCUUCGGAGUCUGGCCCGGGCCCUGGGGUCUCUGGUACCUCCUCCAGCUCCACAGAGGGGUCAGAUGAAGUCUCUUCUAAUGAUGCAGGCUGGCCCACUUUCAACAAGGGCAUUCUGAAGCCUCCAGACUGGAAGGAAUCAGUAGGAGACAUCCCCAGCAAAACGGCUUCUUUUGCUGGUACCCCCACCGAUAAGAUUCAGGACAUAAGUAAACUGGGCCUAGCUCCACCUCCCCACUGUAAGCCCCAGCCCCCUCCCUAUGGCACCCACACCAGCAAUCUCCAGCUGUCCUCUGCAAAUUCCGGCUCCACAAGCUCACUGGACCGUCGCAAGGACUUGCCCCUGCGCCCAGUCCCGACCCAGUCCAACAACCUCUCCAAUCCCAACGCUCCACCGCCGCCACCACCUACCUGGCCCCGCAGCACCUCGUCUAACGGUUCCUCAUCCCAGCAGAUCCAGCAGCGUAUUUCCGUUCCUCCCAGCCCAACAUUCCAGCCCAGCUCUCCUCUUUUCCCCCCGGGAGAGAGACCUGACCCUCCUCUGGCUGUAGCAGUGCGGCCCUUUGUCCCAGAUAAGGGCUCCAGACCACAGUCACCCAGGAAAGGUCCGACCACCAUGAACUCUAGCUCCAUUUAUCACAUGUAUCUAAAGCCAGCUGUGCCCAAGAACUACCCUCUCGGGGGCAAGUCCACGGUCAAAGCAGUAUAUGGAAAACCAGUCCUGUCCUCAAGCUCAACUCCCACCUCACCCCUGCCCCACCAAGGCUCUGUCUUAUUCCCUGUGUUUCCCGGCGGCAUGGGAUAUAUGGAUGGCGACCCAGAGCUCGACGGUCAGCCGACAGGUUUCCCAGAAUCCCCUGCCUCCACUGUGGACCACAUUCCUCGGCCACUCAGUCCCACCAAGCUCACACCUAUGGUUCAUUCGCCAAUGCGCUACCAGAGCGACGCUGACCUCGAGGUCCUGCGCAGGAAGCUGGCCAACGCACCACGUCCACUCAAGAAACGCAGCUCCAUCACUGAACCCGAGGGACCGAGUGGGCCCAACAUUCAGAAACUUCUUUAUCAGCGCUUUAACACUCUAGCUGGUGGCAUCGAAGUAGGAGUGGGAGCAGGCAGUGGAGGAACUCCCUUCUACCAGCCUACAGGAUCAGGAGGAGAAGCCCUGGCAGAUGCAGAUAACGGAAACGCCUCCUCUGAAAUCCCAGAUGAGAUUCCCACCACAGAAGGGGUGUCCUCAGAUGCCUUGCCUGAGGGGGAUGCCAAUGAUAAUCCAUCAUUGCAGCCAGCUAGUGAAACAGUAGCCUCAGAAGAUCCGCCAUCAUCAGAGGACGACAACAAUAACAACACGACAGGAUCCCAGGAAUGCCUGCCCAGCCCUGUGCCCGAGGAAAGCUCACCACUGGAGGCAGAAAGCACACCAUCCUCUCAAGCUACGGAAAAGCGCACUAACCUGAAGAAGCCUGAAUCUGAGCGGAUGGGCCACGGCUUCAGGGUGAAGUUUAACCCUCUGGCCCUGCUGUUGGAUGCUUCCCUGGAGGGCGAGUUUGACCUGGUGCAAAGAAUCAUCUACGAGGUGGAGAACCCCAGCACACCGAAUGAUGAGGGCAUCACACCCCUACACAAUGCAGUAUGUGCGGGGCAUCAUCACAUUGUUAAGUUCCUGCUCGACUUUGGAGUCAAUGUUAAUGCAGCUGAUAGUGAUGGCUGGACUCCCCUGCACUGUGCUGCUUCCUGCAACAGCGUUCAUCUUUGUAAACUGCUGGUCGAGUCCGGUGCCGCUAUUUUUGCCACCACUAUCAGUGAUGUGGAGACAGCAGCAGACAAAUGUGAGGAGAUGGAGGAGGGCUUUAUCCAGUGUUCCCAGUUUCUCUAUGGUGUACAGGAGAAAAUGGGAGUGAUGAAUAAAGGAGUCGUGUAUGCUCUGUGGGAGUACGAGGCUCAGGGGACUGACGAGUUAUUCUUCCAGGAGGGAGAUGCCAUCACCAUCCUGCGCAGGAAAGAUGACUCUGAGAUUGAGUGGUGGUGGGCCAGACUUAAUGACAAGGAGGGCUAUGUGCCUCGCAACCUGCUCGGGUUGUAUCCCAGAAUAAAGCCACGACAGCGAUCCUUGGCAUAGCCACCUUCCCUUCGCGUGUGACAGACGGGAGUGCAGGAUCUCCACAGUCUAACCCAGUGUUUGCUGUCCAAAUAUUUGCUGUCUCUGUACAGCUAGGUUAAAGCUGCUAAACCACCAUGUCUCCUCAUCAGAGGCACAAGAAAGACACAAACCUCAGGUCCUAAAAUAUGUCCUCAUUAACCCUCUCUUCCCAUCAACUCCUGAAGACUGGGUUUAAUCCCAGUAUGCGAUGUGUAUCAUAGCCACUCCACAUUUCUCCACGAGGAUCAAAUCACUACUGGCUUGGGUUUAAAGCUUUUGUUUUAUAUUAUUGCUUAAGCUUUGUUUAUCUUAAGAUUUAUUGUUUAUUCAAAUCUUAAUGCCACAGUGCAAGCUGGGAUCAGUCAGAGCAAACCUGCUUUUGCUUUCCAACCAGCUUUUGUUUUUUUAUGCUGGGAAUAAAAGCAUUUGGGUUUGAGGGUUAUGUGCAAAUCACAUAACAUACGAGUAUAAACAAAAUCAGUAUGAGAAAUCUUAGUCUGUAAAAAGUAGACCAUUGACAGAGCAUUGAUAUGUCUGCAGUAAGUAAGAACAAAGAUGGUAACAUGAAUAGAGAACAAAUACUUUUAUAAGAAUAAAUAGUAAUUUACAUUGCCAAUGUAUUACUAAAGAACUGGUUCAUACAGUGUACAUUUCUGGAAGGAGAUUUGCAUGUGUCAUGCAGUGUGUGUGUGUAUGUAUGGUAAAAAUGGGCAAGAUUGAAAUCUGUGCAUGAACGAGCUAAAGAGAUAUUUAUGAGAAUUGAGAUGCAGAAUAUCAGAGCUAUUUUAUAGACUGCAUGUAAAGAGUGAAUGAUGAUGUGUGAAUACAUGAAAGCUAGUUUGUGUUGCAGUACUUUUAACCACAGGGUUGGCCAGUAAUAAAAUACAAGAAUUUGUAACACAUAUUAAGAAUGCAAGAGUGAAGUAUUCAAAAAUACUUUAAAAUACAGUAUUGGAAAGUUACUUCGGUAUUUUAAGAUACAAUAAAGAUGCAAUGAAUAAAAUUUAAAUACUGUAAAAAUACCCUAAAACAAAUAAACAAGGAACUCAUUGAACGUAUUAGAGGGGUAGUGUCACAUUUGUCUGUUGUUAAUCACAGGCAAGUAAAAAAAAAAAAAUACACAUUUUUUUCCAUUUUAUUUAAACCAAAGCGCACUGGACCAGUGAUGUCAUUCUACCUUUGUCAUUGAUUUUUGGGAGUUGAGUUCUCCGCAGACAGAAAUGACAUGAUGAAAAAGCCUAAAAGGGACAUCAGUUUUGUCAUGAGUCUAUCUUUCAUUAGUGGAGUUUUAAAAAUGCUGGAGGUCCUUUAUGAUAUUGACCACCAGUUUUUUUUUUUUUGUCUCCACUUCCAUCA